AUUUAACUCCUCCACAACACGCAUCAAUUGAUCAAUUGAGAUUAAAAGACACUUAACAAAUUAAGUGACCAAUCAGAUUUUUAAAGACAACAUUUGAAUCACAAUUUACAGAUUUAAAACCACCAAAAUGAGCUCAGAAGACAUCCACAGCCAAGCCAUUUCUUGGCUGAAAAACUUCCACAAACACAUGGACGCACUCGAUGCCAGCAUCGCUAUACCAAAGCUUUUCGCCGAAGAUUGCACCGUCAGUUUCGCCGGCCAACCGCCCUUGACCGGCCAGGCCGAGAUCCUGGAUUUCUUCAACACCCAGUUCCCGACAUUAGAACUCAUGCAACAUACUAUCAAACACGUGGAUGUCCUGCCUGACCGGAUUUACCAGGAAGCUAACAUUCGUUAUAUCAUAAAAAAUGACCCCGAAAAGAAGGAGAUAGAUAUUAAGGGUAUUGCGAUCUUUGGGAAGAAGCCGGAUGAGGAUAAACUUAGGUUUUUCACUGUCUAUCUAGAUCCGUCGCCAAUUAAGGAGAGGGCUGAGGCUGUGUUUGGUAGUAAGGCUUGAUAUUGAUUAUUGCUGAAUCAUGAAGCAUUGAGCUUCUGUUUUUAUAUCCAGGUAUCAAGGAUAAACUAAUUAUAGAAUAAGUCUGCCUGUUUAUUGGAUGUUUAGUAUACCCCAUAUUUAGUAGGUAGUAUUUAAAGAUCGAAUUGCUAGAGCUUGGAGUAGUGGGCCCAUGUUUUUUUAGAUCUGACCUGUCAGCCACCCCCAAUAUUCGCCUCGUCUGUUGCCCAAAACCUUUCUCCACCGCAGCCAUUGGUGGUGUUGCAAGAGGAGUGGCAUACAUUUAAUGUUUGCAUCCGUGUUUGUUCAGGAAAUAUUGCUUCAGACUUGCUCCAAGACACUCUUGGUGCUUUUGGUAUUGUUACUGUUCGAUGCCAGUGAGUAUGGUAGCUGUCUAAUUGGUGUUGCCUGAUUGUCGUGAGAUCUGACGCGUCCUGGCGCAGUGAGUACGUAGUAGCUUUAGUGCCAAGGGCCGACGAUCUUCUGCACGAGCUAGUUCGUAG